GCCCACCCUCCCAGCAAAGGAAAACUGGAGGGCUGUGGAAACUGCUCUAAAAACAACUUGAGAAAUUCUUUUGACAGAUAUCUUAGGAUGUUAAGGCACCUGGAGUUUUAAAUUCUUCUGGAAGCAAGGCAGGAGCAAAUUCUGAGCAGACUAAGGGUGGAGAAAGCACAGUCCAUGAGCCUGUUUCAGGUGCUGUCCCGGGCAUGUCUCUGGAGAUCACCUUCCUGGGCACGGGCUCGGCGUUCCCGACCCCGGCGCGGGGCGCGUCGGCGCUGGUGCUGCGCAGGGAGGGGCAGUGCUGGCUCUUCGACUGCGGGGAGGGCACGCAGACACAGCUCAUGAGGAGCCACCUCCGAGCAGCCAGAAUUACCAAGAUUUUCAUCACUCAUCUUCACGGCGACCACUUCUUUGGCCUUCCUGGGCUGCUGUGCACGCUCAGCCUCCAGAGUGACCCCGAUGGCAGCAAAGCCCCUGUUGAUAUUUACGGGCCCCUGGGACUGCGGAGCUUCCUCUGGAGGAGCCUGGAGCUGUCCCACUCCCAGCUCCUCUUCCCCUACACCGUCCACGAGCUCGUCCCCACGCAGGACCAGUGCCCCGCAGAAGAAUUUAAGGACUUUUCUGGCUGGGACAGGGGUGAGGCGCUUCCCCAGGGCCCUCCAGGGAGAGUCCUGCACCUGGAUCCAGGAGAGGACUCCUACUUGCUGGUGGAGGAUGAGCAGCUGGUUGUGAGGGCGUUCCGCCUCUUCCACCGUGUGCCCUCCUUCGGCUUCGUGAUGGAAGAGAAGCCCCGGCCCGGGAAGCUCAAUGUGCAGAAACUGAAAGACCUCGGAGUGCAGCCAGGCCCCCUGUACGGGAGGCUGAAGAGCGGGACCGCGGUUGUGCUGGAGGAUGGAGCGACGGUGUCUCCCUGGGACGUGCUGGACGCGCCGGUGCCCGGCAGGAAGGUCUGCGUGCUGGGGGACUGCUCGGGGCCGCUGGGGGACACGGCCCUGCGCCUGUGCUGGCAGGCAGACCUGCUGGUGCACGAGGCCACGCUGGGGGACAGCCAGCAGGACAAGGCGCGGCAGCACGGGCACAGCACCCCCGGCAUGGCGGCGCAGCUGGCCCGGCGGUGCCGCGCCAGGCGGCUGGUGCUGACCCACUUCAGCCAGCGGUACCGGCCCGCCGGGCACGCCGGGCACGCCGGGCACGGCCACGCCGAGCUCAGCGAGCUCCAGAGGCAGGCGGAGGCCGUGCUGGAUGGCCAGGAAGUGACGCUGGCCGAGGACUUCAUGACCAUAGAGAUCCCACUGAAAAAGUGAAACCUGGGGGCUCUGUGGCCGUGGAAAUUACAGUGAAAACUGGGGGUUUAAUGACCAUAGAGAUCCCAGUGAAACAGUGAAAAGUGGGGACUCUGUGGCCAUAAAGAUCACAGUAAAAACGGUGGUGCUGGCAAGCGGAGCUGUCUGUGGGGA